AUGGACAGCUCACUGGAAAAUACAACUAUUUCUUUAUCCAAAUGUUCUUUAGAGUCAGAAUUUACUGAAAAUGGAAGAGAGAACAGCAUCAGAUCUUCUAGUGAUUUCCUACAAAGUUUGGAAGACUGGGAUUGUUUUGAAGAUGAGCAAGAUUCUUUUUGUGAUUCAAGUGGUCUAGAAAUAGAAGAAAAGACCAUUAAUUGCUCUGGAACUGAAACAGUUCAAAAUACAGCUAUAUAUGUGGAAACAGUAAAUUUUAGUUUUGAAGAUGAGCAAGAUUCUUUUUGUGAUUCAAGUGGUCUAGAAAUAGAAGAAAAGACCAUUAAUUGCUCUGGAACUGAUGCAGUUCAAAAUACAGCUAUAUAUGUGGAAACAGGCAGCACCUUACCAUCCCAUUUGGCUGCAAAUACACGAGAAAAUAGUGACCAAAAUAUUACUAGUGGUUUGGUAAGGAAAAUUGUGAGUGGAACUGAUGCUCAAGCAUGCAAUAGUCAAGGCUUAAUACCGCCUCACAUCGGUCAAAUUUAUGAUGAAUUAUUUGUCAUACAUCAGAAGCUCCAGAGAGAAAGUUCAGCACAGCAGGAGUAUGCUCUGCAACUCCAGAAACGAGAGCGUUUUCUAACAGAGCGAGAAGCAUUACUUUUUAGACAUGAAGCAGCUUUGGCUAAAAUAAGAGGUGUUGAGGAAGAAGUUCACACAAAAAUCAGAAUUAUAAAAGAGCAACACGAGGCAGAAGUUAAACAGCUGACAGAAGCCUUGAGAGAAAUAACUAAAGAAAAUAGAAGGCUGAAGUCGUCAUUUGACACCUUGAAGGAAAUGAAUGACUCUUUAAGAAAACAGUUAAGUGAUGUAACUGAGCUGAACAAGAAGUUGGAAGGUCAAGCAAGAAAAGUACAAGCUCGUUUAGAGAAUCUACAAAGGAAGCAUGAAUUUUUGAUGGUACAGAAGUCUAAGGAUAUAUGUCAAGUGGUGCAACAAAGUAAACCUGUCAAGCAGGAAAAAGUGACGGUAACAUCAAAAAUUGCUAAGCUACCAAUGAAUUCACAAGUUUAUGAGCUCUUAACUUUUCUUAUGGAUUGGAUCUCCGACAAGCACCUUAGCAAAAUAAAAAUACAAGAAGAAAGAGAGGGCAGUCAUAAACUUCCGGUUACCCAGAUCUCCAAAAAAAACUGCACCCAGGAAAGUUGUAUGAAGCUUUUGCCUAUAGCUACUGAGCAACUCCAGUGGAUGCCAUUUGUGAAUCCUAAACUACAAUGGUGGUAUUCAGGUAAAACAAGUAGUCCUCUUGCACAUGCAACAAUGACAUCAACAAUGAGGAGGCUUGGCGAAGAUAUUUUCAAAGGCAUAGUAAGUAAGGGAAACCCACAUAGUUCUUCUGAACAGUCUACAGAGAGUAAAUCAAAAUCGGCAGCUUUCUUUAAGAGUUCCUGUAUGCCUUUGAGGUUUCUGUCAACUUUGAUUGUGCUUAAAACAGUGACACAAGUGGAUUACCUGGCUCAAGCUUUUGAUUCCCUUCGCAUAGACUUGAAGACAGAUGAGGGGAAAGCCUUAUUUUUGGAAUACCAAUGUGUACCUGUCAUAUUAAGUCACUUAAAAGUAUCCAGUAGAGGUCUGCUUUCCAGUGCUCUUGAUGGAUUACUUCAGAUGACCAUGGAAUCUGGUUCCUUACAGCCUUUCCUGGAAGCCUGCAGUAAUGAAUCCUUCUUCCGUACUUGCUCUGUAUUGCUUCGAAGUUCUCAGCUGGAUAUUCAGAUUUUGGAAAAGCUCUGUGUUAUACUGCAAAAACUCUCCAGAAUAAAGAGCAAUAAGAAGAUGUUUGAAUUGUUUACUCUUCACCAAAUGAUCCAAGAACUACAUAGGACUACAAAUCCAGAUCAUGCUUUCCUCUAUAUAAACCUCAAUUCAAUUCUGUUGAAUUUGGGAUUGUCGAGGAGUAACUCUCUUACCUCCAGCCUAAGCACAAGUCACUAG